AUUGCUUAUGCACACGGAAGAGCAAUAGUGUAGCUACACACGUUGGCGCAGUCGCGUGUGUUUUGAAAAGUUCCAAGAACUGGACCGUUGCAAUGGUUGGUUGCAUUUAAACGCGAAUUAUUACUUCUUCGCGCGCAGCACCUACAGUUAGUUAAAGUUUGUCCAUUAAUUGUUUGAUCGCAACUUUAGCCAGUUUGGCUAAUAUUAUCAUUCAUUGGGUAACAUUUGCUCGUGUCAUCCUGGGAACACAAUCCUUUUUGUUUUCUGUGUCGUUACUGGUUUGUUGACGGGUUCAUUGCAGCCCAGCCAAAAUGGUUUUCUUUACCUGCAACGCGUGCGGCGAAUCCCUAAAGAAAGCCCAGGUUGAUAAGCAUGUGAACAUGUGCCGGGGUUGCCAGGUUUUGUCCUGCAUUGACUGCGGAAAAGACUUUUGGGGUAACGACUACAAGAACCACAACAAAUGUAUCAGUGAAGAUCAGAAGUAUGGAGGUAAAGGCUACGAGGCUAAGGCGAACAAAGGAGAUGUGAAACAGCAACAGUGGCUUCAGAGAAUCAAUGAAGCUAUGAGCAAACCUGGAGUUAGCACAAAGCUGAAGGAUGUGCUCAAACAAGUCAGUGCAUAUGAGAAUGUCCCCAGAAAGAAGGCCAAGUUUCAGAACUGGAUGAGAAGCAGUCUUAAAAUCACAAACACCAGUAUUCACGAUGAAGUGUGGGACAUUCUCGCUGCAGCUGACAAAGCCCCAGACACCCCCCAGCAAACUAAAGAAGAUACACAAAUAGUACCUGAAAUCAUAGUAGACACUAAUGGAAGCACGAAGCAGAACGGCCAGCCAGAUGUUAAGAAGUUGAACAAACGUGAGCGUAAAGAGGCCCGUCAGCAGAAGAAUAAGAACAAAGCAAAUGGUCCUGAAAAUACACAUGUUCACGAACCAGAGGAGCCAAAGGCAGGCAAAAGGAAACAAAAGGACAGCAAGAGAAAGCAUGAUGAAAAUGAAGAGCACAAUGGCCACAGUGAUGAAAAUGGGACAUCCAGCAAGAAAACAAAGGUUGAUGACCCAACAGAAGAUGCUGAUUUAAGCAAUUUGGAGGAACCUGAGGAUCAAGCCGUUUCCAAAGGCAAAUUCAACUGGAAAGGGAAUAUCAAAGCAGUCUUGAGAGAGUCACCUGACCAGGAACUGCCAGUAAAGAAACUUAGGAAGAAGGUUUUGGCAGCCUUCUACUCUUUUACUGGAGACGGAAAUUUUAAAACUGAGGAAGAGGUGCUAGCACUUUUCAAUAAGAAGAUUAACAACAAUCCUAAAUUUAGGGUUUUGAAAGACAGAGUUAGGCUAAUAAAGUAGUCCACACUAAUCAUGAAAUGUAUGUUGACCAUAGACUUGAAAAAAAUUAAAAUCUGUUUUUUUGCCAUCUUCCUUUAAUAAUUUCUUUUAUAAUUUUUAUUACAAUUGCCAUAAUUCCGAAAAUUAAAUAAUUUUAUUAUUGAA